UUCAGCUGACUGUCUGCGAUUCUGGCCGUGUAUAAAAAGAGGAGGCGACCCGAUCGCUUGAGACAUCACGGACAAGGUCCCCCUCCCAACUUGGUCGGUGCAUCUCGCUUGCAAUGGCGAAUCAGAGGACCACUGUGGCUCCGCCCCUCCUCCUCCUCCUCAUCCCCCUCGUCGUCGUCAUGGUCACCGUUACCGUGGCGACGCCGGCAGGCCCGGAGCAGCGGGGAGACCCUCACCUGCAGCCACACUGGGAGGCCUGGAAGAGCCGCUACGGCAAGGCCUACGACGAGGCCGAGGAGGGCCAGCGUCGCCUCGUGUGGGAGCACAACCUGAAGAUGAUCGAUCGGCAUAACCUGGAGGAGGCCCUCGGCAAGCACUCCUACACGCUGGCCAUGAACCAGUACGGGGACAUGUCGGAGGAAGAGUUCCAGCUGCAGAUGGCGGCGAUGGAGCCGCUGGCAGAUGACGACGAUGACGCGAGCGAGGAAGACAACGAGGUGAAGAAGUGGACAGAGUCGUUCAUCAACGCUCCACUCGACGUGUCGCUGCCGAACGAGAUCGACUGGCGCAAUCGCGACGUCGUGACGCCCGUCAAGAACCAGAAGAAACCGAGGAACUGCUGGGCCUCGUGGGCCUUCUCGGCCACGGGCGCGAUGGAGAGCCACUGGAAGAUCAAGCGGAGCGGCGAGCUGCUGGAGCUCAGCGAGCAGCAGCUCAUCGACUGCUCGCGCCCGUACGGCGCGCGCGGCUGCCGCAAAGGCUCGGCGAGCAUGGGGUUCGUCGCUGUGCAGCAGAUGCAGGGCAUCAACACGGAGGAGAGCUACCCGUACGAGGGCAGGGACAACAUUGCGUGUCGCUUCAACAUCAGCCAGCGUUCCCCGGUGAGGGUCUCCGGCUACAAGAGGAUCCCCAGCGGCAGCGAGGCCCACCUGCAGGCCGCCUUGGCCACCGAGGGGCCAGUGGCGGUGGCAAUCGACGCGCGGCACAUCAAGAUCUUCUACAGUUCCGGCAUCUACUACAGCCGUUUUUGCCGCAAGAAAGCCAACAGGCUGCACCACUCCAUGCUGGCCGUGGGAUACGGCACGGAGGAUGGCAAGGAUUUCUGGCUGCUGAAGAACAGCUGGGGCGCUGGGUGGGGAGAGCAAGGCUACAUGAGGCUGGCGAGAAACAGAAACAACAACUGUGGUGUCGCCAGCGAUGCCACUUACCCGAUCGUGUGACCCAGCGAGCGGCCAGGCUGCUCGGCCUAGAGGCGCUCGAGCUCCAGUGCCCAUCACCCCUCCGCCGCUACCACGUCCAUCACGUCCAUCACCUCCACGUCCAUCACCUCCAUGACCUCUACGUCCAUCACCUCCACGUCCAUCACCACCACGUCCAUCACCUCCACGUACAUCAUCUCCACCACCUCCACCACCACGUCCAUCACCACCUCGUCCCAUCACCUCUACGUCCAUCACCUCCACCACCUCCACCACCACGGCCAUCACUUCUACCAACACGUCCAUAAAAGUCUACGUCAAUCACCCCCACCACCUCCACGUCCACCACCUCCAACACCAUCGCCUUUUGCACCGAUAACCACCAUCGUCAUCGCCAACAUCUCCAUCACCACCAACACUACUUCUGUCUGUACUAACAUUACCACCACUACCAACACCAUCAUAGACACUGACAACACCACCACCGCUAAAAAUACUACCACUACUACCACCACCAGACACAUACCGACACUUCCGCCACGACUACCAUCGACGCUACUGAUACUUCCAUAAUCACCACAACCACCAUUACCAACACAACCGCAGACGCGACUGAAACAUCCAUCGUCAGCACCACUUAACAAGCAUCACCACCGCUUUAACUGACAUAGCCACCACAACCUUCACCACUGCUGCCUUUGCCACCACCACUGCUAACACUACACUACUACCAACACCACCACAACCAAAAUCAUACCCACCAACACCACUUACAUCAACACCUUCAGCACUACCAACACUAUCAUAGUCUUAACACCAUCACCAUCAGCACCGCUGCCAUCGUCAACUACCACUGCAAUGGCUGCCACAAACACUGUCGCAACUACUACUGCCCCCAUCGCCACCAAAAGCACCACUGUCAGUUCGCUUUUUAGUGGGCCGUGAGGACUGGAGUUUCCGAAUCAUCGUCCGAUCUUUGGGUCGGACAUAACGCAUUGCCACUCAGACAUACUGAGGAGUUGACAUUGGAGGCUGGUUGAUCGGGACACGACAAGACAAUAUAAUUGGGUUUAAACGUUGCGAUAUUUCUGAAUUAAAAUGCAGCAACAAUUCUUGCUUGUGGUGUUUUGCCUAUGUUUAGCUUUCCAUUUUAAUUUCCCAAUAAAAUAUGUUGAACAGUU